AUGUUUAAAAGUAGAAUUGAAACAGGUGGUUUCCAAUUCCAAGUUCAUGGUGAUGAUGAAAGUGCAAUGGAUGAUGAGUUCAUUGAUGAUGAUGAUGAUCAACAAGUAGUUGAACCAGUCACUGAUAAUUAA